AUGACUGGAGCUAUUUCUUCUUACAUCUCGCUCCUCCCAUUUCUCUCUUCGGUAUUUACAACUCUCGUAAUCUCAACGCCGAUUGAAAGACGUGCGGAGCCAGCCGCCAAGCCAGGGUUCAAUAGGGUCUGGUACGAUGAUUGGGGUCAUAAAAACGGCAUCACACACAACUGGAAUUUCAAUCUGGGAACUUCUUAUCCUGGCCAAGUCGCUCAGUGGGGCACUGGUGAAAUCCAAACGUACACAAACAAGACUGAAAACAUCAGAAUUGUCAACAAGGUCCUUUAUAUCACUCCAAAGAAAGGGAAAGAUGCGAAGGGAAAGAUCACUUGGACAUCCGGCCGCCUUGAAAGUAAAAGAGGCAGUCAAUGGGCUUGCGCAAAUGGCAAGAAGAUGCUUGUAGAGGCAUCGAUCAAGCUUGGUAGCGCCGGAGAGGCCCAGCAAAAGGGAAUAUGGCCUGCAUUUUGGAUGCUUGGAGAUGUUUUCCGUGCCCAAGGAUAUAAAGGAUGGCCAGAAGUCGGCGAACUAGAUAUCAUGGAAUCAGUCAAUGGCAAGCGCGAGGCCUGGGGUCUUCUUCACUGCGGUGUCUACGACGGUCAAAUCCCCAUCAGAGGGCCAUGUAACGAACCCGACGGAAGAGGUGGAUCCGUGAAAGGAAUAGGUCGUGGUCUCUGGCACACCUAUGGAAUCGAGAUCGACAGAACCACAAAGAAUUGGAAGACUGAGAAGGUCACCUGGAUCAUCAACGGUGUCCGUCGCCAUUCUAUUACCGGCUCUCAAAUUAACAAUUCUACUGCAUGGGAAUUUCUUACCCACAAGAAGAUGUUUAUUCUACUCAAUGUUGCAGUCGGUGGUGGUUUCCCUAAUGGCGUCGAGCCGGGCAAUGCUCUCACGCCAUUCUCCACGACUAUCGAUGGCGACAGCGUCGGAAUGCAAGUUGAUUGGGUUGGCGUUUGGCAACAAGCUUAA